GCUGAGGACAGGGUGUGAACGACACUGACGAUAAAUUAGCUUGUUCCAAUUAGCCACAAAAGCACUACAUUGUGGGGUCACUUGAGGUCAGACCGCCUGGGCUCUACGUGCUCGGUGACCAGUACAACGCACCGCCUUCUCGACAACACCAACAACAAUGUCCUGUGGCUGUGUUUCGCCGGCGAGGCUUGCCAAACUCCUGGUCUGAAAUGUGCCAUAAUGAUACACUACACCACAGUCAGAAAAGUCAACUGACACUGCGCAGUGGUUUUGCGGGCGAUGUUUACUUCAGUGUUUAAAGUUGAGUUUGAUGACAGCACCCAUCAGAGAUUGAGUCGAAGACAGAGACGUUCAGGGGGAGAAACCUCUUGGAGCGGCUCUGAGGAAGGAGACAAGAGAAUCCUUUUUCUUGCAUGAGAGCACAAAGAAUUUCUUUGAACCAUGAAGCGCAGUAAGAACCGUGGACACAAGGAGGACAGGAAUGGAGAUGAGCCGGCUAUUUUGGAGACAGAGAACCUCGGCAUGUUCACGGGAGGAGGCCCCGACCCUGACACCAUCUCCCUGGCCUCAGUCACAGCCGUCACCACCAAUGUGUCUAAUAAGAGAUCAAAGCCAGACAUCAAGAUGGAGCCCAGCUCUGGAAGACCAGUGGAUUAUCAAGUGAGUGUGACAGUGAUUGAGGCCAGACAGCUGGUGGGACUGAACAUGGACCCGAUGGUCUGCGUGGAGAUCGGAGACGAUAAAAAGUACACCUCAAUGAAAGAGUCGACCAACUGCCCAUACUACAAUGAAUAUUUUGUGUUUGACUUCCACGUCCCUCCUGAUGUUAUGUUUGACAAAAUCCUGAAGUUGUCUGUGAUCCACUCCAAAAAUCUACUGCGCAGUGGGACACUGGUUGGAACUUUCAAACUAGACGUGGGCACGAUCUAUUCCCAGCCAGAGCAUCAGUUUUAUCACAAAUGGGCUCUGUUGUCCGACCCCGACGACAUCACGGCCGGAUGCAAAGGCUACGUUAAAUGCGACGUUGCCGUCGUGGCUAAAGGCGACACUAUAAAAACUCCACACAAAGCCAAUGAGUCUGACGAGGACGACAUAGAUGGCAACCUCUUGCUACCAGAGGGCGUGCCUGCAGAGCGGCAGUGGGCACGUUACUACCUGAAGAUCUACAGAGCCGAGGGACUCCCCAGAAUGAACACCAGCAUCAUGGCCAACGUCAAAAAGGCCUUCAUUGGAGAAAACAAGGACCUGGUCGAUCCGUACGUCCAAGUGCAGUUCGCUGGGCAGAAGGGCAAGACGUCAGUCCAGAAGAGCUGCUACGAGCCCAUCUGGAACGAGCAGAUCGUUUUCACUGAGAUGUUUCCACCGCUGUGCAAACGCAUGAAGAUCCAGCUCCGCGACUCUGACAAAGUGAACGAUGUUGCAUUGGGAACACACUUCUUAGACCUACGGAACAUUUCCAACGAUGGAGACAAAGGCUUCCUCCCCACACUGGGACCAGCCUGGGUGAACAUGUACGGCUCCACUCGCACCUACACCCUGAUGGACGAGUACCAGGAGUUGAACGAAGGGCUCGGAGAGGGGGUGUCCUUCAGGGCCCGCCUCCUCAUCAGCCUGGGUGUGGAGAUCCUGGACACCUCCUCGCCCGAAAUCACCAGCUCCACAGAGGUGCAGCUGGAGGGAGUGCCCAACAUCUCCGAGACCGCCACUGGAAAGGUUGAGGAGUUUUUCCUCUUUGGGUCUUUCCUGGAGGCCACAAUGGUUGACAGAAAGAUUGGUGACAAGCCAAUCAGCUUCGAGGUCACUAUAGGUUACUACGGAAACGAGAUCGAUGGAGCCAUCAAGCCCAGAUCGAAGGGGAAGAAGGGCGAUGGCGAUGAAGAGGAAACUGAACUGAUACACAACUCCAGCGAGGAGGAGCUGGACGACGACGGAGACCUCACUUCAGUGGCAACCACUCCACCCAUGAAACCUGUCAUCACAGACCGGAACUACUUUCAUCUUCCAUAUUUCGAGAGGAAGCCGUGCAUCUUCAUCAAGAGUUGGUGGCAGGAUCAGAGGAGGAGGCUGUACAACGCCAACAUUAUCGACAACAUUGCUGACAAACUGGAGGACGGACUCAACGAUGUGCAAGAGAUCAUCAAGACGGAGAAGACUUACCCUGAGCGCAGGCUUAGAGGCGUCCUCGAGGAACUCAGCCAAGGAUGCAGUCAGUUCCUCUCGCUGGCAAACCAGGACCAGAACCAGUCGGGCAGGACCAAACUCGACAGGGAGAGACUGAAGCUGUGCAUGUCAGAAGUGGAGGCCAUAGGUCAGCAAGCGAAGGCCAUGAGGUCUCAGGUGAAAAAAAGCACAGUGAGAGAUAAACUCAAGCUGUCCCAGAACUUCCUGACAAAGCUGCGCUUCCUGGCCGACGAGCCUCAACACAGCGUUCCUGAUGUUUUCAUAUGGAUGAUAAGCAACGGCAAGCGUAUCGCUUAUGCUCGUGUCCCUUCCAAAGACAUCCUCUUCUCCGGUAUAGAUGAAGAGAGGGGAAAGGACUGCGGCAAAGUCAAGACCAUCUUCCUCAGGAUUCCUGGUAAGAAAGGUUUUGGACCUGCCGGCUGGACGGUUCAGUCCAAGUUAGAGAUUUAUCUGUGGCUGGGUCUGACCAAGCAACGCAAAGACUACCUGAGCGGUCUGCCCAAUGGGUUUGAAGAAAACAAGCUGUCGAAGGGACCUGGGCUGCCCGCCUCGCCUCCCAUCAGCCUCACCUACAUGAUGAAACAGAUCUUCCAGCUGAGAGUCCACAUGUACCAGGCUCGUAGUCUGUUUGCUGCAGACAGCACAGGUCUGUCCGAUCCAUUCGCAAGAGUCUUCUUCUCCACACAGAGCCAAGUCACUGAGGUUCUGGCUGAGACUCUCUGUCCUACAUGGGACCAGCUGCUGGUUUUCGAGAACGUGGAGUUGUUUGGAGAAGCCUGCGAGCUGAGAGACGACCCUCCCAUCAUCGUCAUCGAACUCUAUGAUCAGGACACAGUGGGUAAAGCCGACUUCAUGGGCAGAACCUUCGCGAAGCCCGUGGUCAAGAUGGCGGAUGAGCACUACGGCCCCCCACGCUUCCCCCCCCAGCUGGAAUACUACCAGAUCUAUCGUGGGAACUGUACAGCUGGAGAAAUGCUGGCUGCCUUUGAACUGCUGCAGAUUGGCCCCAAUGGGAAAGCUGACCUUCCUCCCAUAGACGGUCCAACAGAUAUGGAACGUGGCCCCAUCAUGCCCGUGCCACUGGGGAUCAGACCGGUGCUCAGCAAGUACAGGAUUGAGGUUUUGUUCUGGGGCUUGAGGGACCUGAAGAGGGUGAAUCUGGCCCAGGUGGAUCGUCCUCGUGUGGACGUCGAAUGUGCCGGCAAAGGAGUUCAGUCCGCUGUCAUCCCCAACUACAGGAAAAACCCCAACUUCAGCACUCUUGUCAAGUGGUUUGAAGUGGAUCUGCCCGAGAACGAGCUGCUUCACCCUCCUCUGAACAUUCGAGUGGUGGACUGCAGAGCUUUUGGUCGCUACACUCUGGUCGGCUCGAACGCCGUCACCAGCCUGCGCAAGUUCAUCUACAGAGGAGCAGACAAGCAGGCCAACAACUGGACCGCUACAGAGGAGAUCAUUGUCGUUAGCAUGGAAACUGAGCCUACCUUUAAGAAGAUGGAGACCGUGGUCAAACUAGAGUCUUGCUCUGACGCUGUGGUCAAAGUUGAGGAUGAUGACAACGACAAGGGGAAGAAGAAGAAGAGGAAGAAGGGCGACGAGCCUGAAGAGGAGGAACUCGAUGAGAGCAUGCUCGACUGGUGGUCCAAAUAUUUUGCCUCCAUUGAAACUUUGACAGAGGCACUCAAGGCUCAGGAGGCAGCUCUGUCAGAUUCAGAGGACAAAGAUGACGCGGACAUUGCAGACGGUGGAGAUAUCAAACCCGAUGACUCUCCUGUGAAAGGCACCAAGAAAGGCAAAGGGAAAAAGAAGAAGGCGGUGGCCGAUCCGUUUGAGAGAAAAAAGCCGAAGCUGGACGAGCUGAAGGUGUAUCCGAAGGAGCUGGAGAGCAACUUUGACAACUUUGAGGACUGGCUGCACAGUUUCAACCUGUUCAGGGGAAAGGGCGGCGACGACGACGACCAAAAUGUGACGGAUGAGGACAGGAUUGUGGGAAAAUUCAAAGGCUCGAUGUGCAUGUACAAAGUGUCGGACGAUAUGCCCAGAGACAUGAGCUUCGACACCAACUUGGGAAUGUUUCAGAACAUUCCUCACAACGAUCCCAUCAACGUCCUAGUCCGCAUCUACGUCAUCAGGGCGACUGAUCUGCAUCCUGCAGACAUAAAUGGGAAAGCUGACCCCUACAUUGCAAUCAAACUGGGCAAAACAGAGAUAAGAGACAAAGAGAACUACAUCUCAAAGCAGCUGAACCCUCUGUUUGGCAAAUCUUUCGACGUGGAGGCCACGUUCCCGAUGGAUUCCACACUAACGGUGUCCAUCUAUGACUGGGACUUGGUGGGAACUGACGAUCUGAUUGGAGAAACCAAACUCGACCUGGAGAACCGCUUCUACAGCAAACACAGAGCCACGUGUGGCAUCGCCUCUAACUACGCCAUCCAUGGUUACAAUGUGUGGCGAGACCCGAUGAAACCCACACAUAUCCUGGCUAAGCUCUGCAAGGACGGCAAACUGGACGGGCCUCACUACGGCCCUGGAGGGAGAGUGAAGGUGGAGAACUGUGUCUUCAUGGCGCCGACUGAGAUAGAGGACGAAAAUGGUUUGAAGAAGCAGACGGAUGAACACCUUGCCCUGACUGUGCUGAAGCACUGGGAGGAAAUCCCAAAAGUCGGCUGCAAGCUCGUCCCAGAGCACGUGGAGACCAGACCGCUGCUCCACCCCGACAAACCGGGAAUCGAGCAAGGAAGAAUUGAGAUGUGGGUGGACAUGUUCCCCAAGGAUAUGACUGCACCGGGCCCUGCACUCGACAUUUCUCCAAGGAAACCAAAGAAGUUUGAACUGAGGGUGAUCGUUUGGAACACAGAUGAAGUCGUCCUAGAGGAUGACGAUAUCUUCACCGGAGAGAAAUCAAGCGACAUAUUUGUGCGAGGCUGGCUGAAGGGGCAGCAGGAGGACAAACAGGACACUGACGUCCACUACCACUCAAUCACCGGAGAGGGAAACUUCAACUGGCGCUUCGUCUACCCCUUCGACUAUCUCAUGGCAGAGGAGAAGAUCGUCAUCUCCAAAAAGGAGUCCAUGUUUGCCUGGGAUGAGACCGAGUACAAGAUCCCCGCUCGGCUUAAUCUGCAAGUGUGGGACGCUGAUCAUUUCUCUGCAGACGAUUUCCUGGGUGCAAUUGAGCUGGACCUGAACCGUUUCCCGCGCGGUGCGAAGACGGCCAAGCAGUGCACCAUCGAGAUGGUGACCAACGAGGCGGAGAUGCCCAUGGUCUCCAUCUUCAAACAGAAGAGGAUCAAGGGCUGGUGGCCGUUCGUGGCCAGAAAUGAAGAGGAUGAGUUUGAGCUCACGGGAAAAGUGGAAGCAGAGCUGCACCUUCUGACAGGAGAGGAGGCAGAGAAAAGCCCCGUUGGUGAAGGACGAAACGAGCCAGAUCCUCUAGAGAAACCCAACCGUCCCGACACCAGCCUUCUGUGGUUCCUCACUCCCUUCAAAGCCAUAAAACACUUGGUCUGCAACCAGUACAAGUGGCUGGCCAUCAAGAUUUUCACUGCUCUGGUGGUGCUGGCUAUGCUGGCUCUUUUCCUCUACAGCAUGCCUGGUUACAUGGUCAAGAAAAUGCUGGGAGUCUGAGGUGUUGCUCAGACACUUCUGCAGAAGGUUCCAGCAGUUUCAUAAAAACAAAACAAAAAAAAAACACACUUUCUGUCACUCAUCCAUCAUUUCUAUCCACAUUUUCUCUACAAUUUUAACAUUUUAAACUCUUUUUAUAUGAUUUAAAUAGGGAAUGCGCUGUCAAUACAUUUAUAAUCUUCUCAAAGUUACUUUAUUGAUUAGAUUUUAUAGACAUUUUAUUCUUCGGGAAACAAAAAAAAAAGCUCAGUUAAUAGACAGUUUAUCCACAUUUUCAGCUUAAAGUGAAACACUGGAUUAAUUUUGAACCAUUCUGUUUGAAGUUGAAGGUUGGAAGCAGAGUCUUAAUUUGUAGCUGUAAUAUUCACAUCAAGUUUAAGUGGAGAGAAUGAGCCAGUGAGGAGUCAGACGUCAAAGCAGCAUUAGCGACGCUCAGACAUGAAACUGGAAGCAGACAAGUAUAAAAUAGAUGUUUAAGAGACGAGAGGUGAGAAACAAAGACUACUUAAAUAUACGGGAACUUCCUCUUACUAGCUGUGUUGCUUCGUUGGCUUUGGCUUGUUAAUUUCUUUUUCUUUUCUUUCUUUUUUUUUUUUUUUUAACAAUCCUCACUC